AUGGAUGGUCACCUCCCAGCGGGACAAAUCGACAUGAGCGAAGUAGCUGAUCUGCUCUUAGGAGACGAGCCGCACGAUCCGUCCGAAGGCGAUUUAGAGGUGCAGGAGCUAGAGCAGCGCAUGUGGAAGGACCGUCUCAAGCUGCGUCACAUCAAGGACGCGUCGACGGCGGCGGCAUCGGCGGGCGCGGUGGGCGCCGCGUCGUCGGGCGAGAAUGGCGAGUUCGGGAGCCUGAAGUGCCGGCCGGAUUGGGCGGUGGAGGAUGAGGAGGAGGAGGAGGAUCAGCAGCCGCAGAAGCACAGGCCGACUCAGUCGCAGCAAGAUGCGGCGCGGAGGAAGAAAAUGUCGCGCGCGCACGACGGCAUUCUCAAGUACAUGCUGAAGCUGAUGGACGCGUGCAACGCGCAGGGCUUCGUGUACGGAAUUAUCCCGGAAAAAGGCAAGCCCGUCGGCGGCUCCUCCGACAAUCUCCGCAGCUGGUGGAAGGAUGAGGUGCAAUUCGAUCGCAGCGGCCCGGCUGCGGUUACGAAGUAUAACGAAGAGCAAGCAGCGGCGCAAGCGGGGCGAAUGAUGGUGAUGCAAAUGGAAGCGGCUGCGGCUGCGGGGGGAGGGGUUGACGGAAGCGGUGCUGCGGGCGGGGUGGUGGUUGGGCCUGGAGGCGUGCCAUUGGUUGGGCCUGGUUCGAUUUCUACACCGCGUACACUUCAAGAUCUGCAAGAUACAACUUUGGGCUCGCUUUUGUCCGCGUUAAUGCAACACUGCGAUCCGCCACAAAGACGGUUCCCGUUGGAAAAAGGUAUACCCCCGCCGUGGUGGCCUACCGGCAACGAAACCUGGUGGCCGCAGCUGGGCCUUCCCCGUGGCAGCGGUUCGCCCCCUUAUAAGAAGCCUCACGAUCUGAAAAAGGCGUGGAAGGUUGGUGUACUAACUUCGGUGCUUCGUCAUAUGGCUCCCAACAUUGCCAAGCCUCGGAAGCUGGUUCGGCAAAGCAAGUGCCUGCAGGACAAGAUGACGGCUCGGGAGACCAGCAUAUGGCACAUGGUUCUCGAUAACGAGGAGGCUUUAUGCAAACAAGAGGCGGCCACUAACGGAACAUUGGCUGUCGGAGCGACGGGAAGCGAUCCCGGAAAUUCCGCCGCCAUUUCCGGCCGGAAUGGCCCGAACUGUCUCCCACACAGCAACAGCGUGAACAGCGGCAUCAUGGCUCUCGCCGGCAGCAGUGGCGCGGGUCCUAACGGCACCGGCAGCAGCGCUAGCGGCUUGCCGUCAUCUAUCCAGCGCGGCAACGGCCUCAAAAUCCUCCGCGCGUUUGCGCACGAGAACUCCGCCAACGCUAACGGCGCCGGUGGGUCGCCUCUGCUCCGAGCCGGCAAUUCUGACGGCCAACGUCCGAUGGACCGGCAGGCGCUCGACAUUGGCGCCACGAACAUGGCCCCCUUCUCUCUCUCCGCAUACGACGGCGGCAAUCGCGGCGGCGGUGACGGAACCGGCAGCUCUGGCGGCAACGGUGUUGGCGGAGGGAGUCCGCUGGACGGGCAGCUGAAGCGCACGUGCUCCGCGCUCGGCUCGUAUGGCGGGAAUCUUAAUCACUCCGCAUCGGCCGGAGGUAUUGAUGCGAGCGGAAACGAGGCAUCUCUUAACGAGGAUACGAGUCUGCCGUGGGGGAACGGGGAUGGCGCAGCGGGGGAUGUUGCGGGGGGCGGAAGCGGCACGGGGAGGGAUUUGGUUCCCGAGCACCGGAUUUUCAAGUGCCCUUAUGAGGGUUGCCCGCGGCGCGAGUGGAAGAACGCAUUUGCGGACCGGAAUCUGAGGAACAUCCACCAAUUGCGGUGCCCCUUCCGACCUGGCGCUAAGGCGCAGCAGCAGCAACAACAGCAGCAACAGCAGCAGCUUCAGCCGCAGCAGGAGUGUGAAACGUCAACCUCCCCGCCCCUCCCCGUCCAUGCUUUUGCCAAUCCGGGCAAUAAUUCCGCAUCUGCUGCUCCUGGUAACUCAGGUGCCCCCUCAGGUGUCCCUUCAGGUGUUCCUUCCACUAUGCCCUUCGGCGCCACCAGCAACAGUCCCUCUGGUGCGCCCUCGGGAAUUCCGCCCUGGGCCGUAGACCAUUCCUCUCAGCCUCCCCUCACCUCCGUUCCUCACAUGUCCCUAGGCUCGGGACUAGGCUCGCCACCGCAUGGCUCCGGACCUGCUGCUCCAGGUUCGGUUCCCGGACCUGGGCCCAUGGGUUGGAUGCAGCAGUGGCCCAUGCCUCACCAACAGCAGCACGGCCAAUUCUCCAUGCCGAUGCAGCAUCCUGGAACCUUCGCCCCUGCCACGUCAUCAUAUGCUGGCUACAACAUGGGCAUGGGAAUGGGCAUGGGUGGCUAUCCCAUGAACGUCCCGCCUUACCCUGGUCCGGGGACAGGUUCGGCAGCUGGCUCGGGAAUGGGAGGUGCGGGUUUCAGCCAGCCCUUCAGCCAUACCUCUCCUGCCCUGGGCGUCCAUUCCUCUUCUUCCCCUUACGCCCCGUCUCAUCUUCCCACGUCAGCUGCAGGCGGUGGUGGUUACCCGCUCCUGCAGAUGAUGCCAAACAAUGCUGGCCAGCAACAGCAACAGCAACAGCAGCAGCAGCAGCAGCAACAACAAAUGCUGCCACCCUCUUUGUCUCUUGCCCGGGCAGGGUCAGUGAACAGUAGCGCGGAGGAGAGGGAGAGGGCGGCAGGGGGAGCGGGAGCAGGAGCAGGGUUGGCAGAAGCUGGAGGGGAGGGAGGAGGUGAUUUGGUGGAACGGGCAGUGUAUGGUGGUGGUUCUACUGGGUUCGGCCCGGAGCUAAGAGUUUCUUGUGCUGUGGAGGGCGGCAGCAGGAGUCGUGCAAGUGGCGGCGGGCAGCUGAAAUCUGUGCAGGGGGGUGGGAUGGAUGGUAGUGGGCUGCCUGGAAAGGACAGCACCAGGCGGCCGAACGGCAGUGGGCUGAUCCUGAGCAAUCAGGGGUGCAUGGUGAUGGGGCAAUCCCUGGGUGGUGCGGCGUACCAGAAAUUUGGUGCUAAAACAAGGUGUGAUUCUAAGGGGGAUGACUCUAACAGGGAUGAUUCCAGCAGCAAGAGCUGGUCCCAGGAGGGAGGGAAGGACAGCCCUGCGCUACAAGCACAUGAUCAUGUGGAGGGAGGGAGGGCGGCGCUGAUCGGUGGAGGGGGUGCGGGAGAAUGUGAGGAGGAUUUCAGGCACAUUGAUUUUGGUCAUGAUCCUCUCAAGGUGUUUGGAUACCUGGAUGAGGAUGGGCAUGCGCACAUGCAUUAG